AUGUUUAGCAAGUUUGAAUUUGAUAGGAAACUGAAUCCUACUUUUGUGGAAAGGGCAUUUAAGCUCCCAUUAUCAAGCAUACGAGCAUAUCUAAAAGAGUCCUAUUACUCCCAGUCUUUAAAGAACCUCUUUGCUUGUGUUCCGUGUGGGUUCGUACACGUUGGUUCUGCAGGAAUUACCCGACCUGACAGGCCUGGACUUGAUCUAAGUAAACAGCCUCCUGCUGGUAAGAUAUCAAGAGAGGAGGUUGCUCAUAUUUGUGUUGCUGCGUUGGAAAGCCCCUAUGCAUCUGGCGAGACAUUUGAGGUUAAAAGUGUUGUGCCAUUUAGUGAGCCAUUUACAGUGGACCCUCAAAAUCCACCCCCCGGGAAGGACUACAAUGUUUCCUUUAAAACUUUGAAAGAUGGAAUUACAGGAAAGGAAAUCCUCGAACAAGAUCCUUUAUCAGUAAUCAUGGCUUGUAACCAUUUCUGUGGUAGCGCAGCGCACACGGUUUGCAGCGCACACGGUUUGCAGCCUCGGGAUAAAAGUGAAGAUGGAGAUCAAUGUCACAGUUUUAUAUCAAAUCAAGAAGGAAAUUCCAAUGCUGCGGCUUAUAAAACUAAGAAGGAGCAAGCACUUUCUGUACACUACAGGCAGAUUGUAGAAGCUUACAGGAAAUUGGACUAUGACUAG